UGACGUUAGUCAUCGUGUGCACGUGUAAAAACAAUGUUCUGAUUUGUUUCCUGAAGGAGCUUCGCUUCUGUUCAACAUCCCAAUCGUUAGGUGUUCAGCUUCGGCGCUGCGCAGACUGAUCUGCGUACAACACAAAGGUCUGGACGGCAGUUUACCUCCUGGAGAGUACACGCGUGUGUCCAAAGCCAUGCAGCGUUUAAGACCCGUGUUCGGGGAUCUUCUGUCCAGUUCGCAUUACGGGAGUUUCCAUGAGAGAUGACAAAACUGAAGACUCCCGGCCAUAAAGGCAGGUGGGGUGCAAUCUAAAUCUUGCCUAGGGCACCAACAGAGGCUGGGCCGGCCCUCAGAAUUACAGAUCAACAUGCAUCAGAGCAUAACUGCGAAACCCCGUCAAAAACUCAUCUUCAUUCCAAAUGAGAUGCGUCAUCGUCGUGACGGUGAAGUUCGACAGAAGUUGACAUCCUCUCAACUCCUUAGCUUUUUGAGAUUGGGUGAACAGGAUUCCGUCCAAUAUAGACUGGAAACUACAGAUAAACCAUUGAGUCUAAUGCAACAAAACAUCAUGACAAUAGCAUCUGUGGAUAUGAGGAUUACACUGUUUAUCGCACAGGCCAAAGCUUUAGACAGCGAGCACAUACUUUCUGAAGCUAAACUUUCUCAACCCAUAUUACCAGAGAAAAACAGCAGUUGUCAUUUUUCAGCCUCCCGCUGGACGAUUGCCACAAGCAUGGAGCUAUGGGACACUGUGGAUUUUUCCCAAUUGAAUCCCUCUUUGCCAAAGGCGCCUCCCCCCAAAAUGAUGGAUUUUCCUAGCCACGACUGGAAAAGUGACUGGAAAGUUCCUGAAGUCCCCAGCUCAAGCACCUGUUCCUCAGUACAUCAGUCGUGUGCUUUGAAUGGACCCAGAGACCCCCACACACUCAUGAAUGCCAAUGAAAAUGUUACUGAUGUUAAUGUCAAAAUCCCAGAGUUCCAGAUUCGUAAAUUUGAGGAGAUGCCAGUUGUCAUCACUCGCAUUGUUAACCCGGACAAGUUCUUCAUCCAGCACCAGGACACAAAUCUUUUGGAAAUAUCUGAAGUCCUGCUCAGUAAGGAAAGCAGCGGCGGCAAAUCUUUUGCGGAAAUGAAGCGCAUCCCAGAUACUGGCGAAUACGUCAUGGCAUGGUUUCCAAAACGAAAGCUAUGGUGUCGUGUCCAGGUUUGCAAGAUAAGUGAUGCAUGCACAGCCGACAGCCAGAAAGAUUUAGCAAACAUUAAGGUGGAGGUCAGAAGGAUUGACUACGGGGAUGUUGCUCGCGUCUCUCUUGGAAACAUAAAGGAAUUGUGUGGAGAAAUUGCUUCAAUACCAAUGCAAACUCUUCAGGUGUCAUUGGCAAAUGUGAGGCCAGUAAAUGGUGAAAACUGGUCAUCUGAAGCGAUCAGCUGGUUUAAAAGUAAAGUAAAGAAGAAGACUUUGUACGCCAGGCUUUUCCCUGAAAGAGGCAAUGUUUUGGUUGAGCUCUUCAUGGAGAAGGGAAAGAUUGGUGCUAUGAGGAGAGGUGACUCGUUGUCUGUAAAACUUGCUCAGCAUGGAUAUGCCAAACACGAACAGCAAAGAUUCAGGGUAUUGAGAAGUCAUGUUCAACCUAAAACAAGACGACAGUCUUUAGAGUGGGAGAAGUAUCUUGUGUCCCAUUACUGUCAAAACAAAAAAUAAUGUCACGAUUGAACCGCUGCGGAAAGGAAAAUAAGAGCACCUGUGAAUCUCUACACAACUCUGAAAUGCAAGAAAUCGAAAUGGGAGCAAUGUUCAUCUGGUUGUAUGCUCUAUGCUUUAUUGUUCUGAUGUUAUUGAGCUGUUUUGCUGUGUAAAAUUGACAAUUCAUUGUCAAAACGUUGAUUCACUUUAAGCUAAUGUUUUUGCUAUUUGCUAAAUAUACACUGUGGUGUGAAAUAUGUUCUCAGAUGUGUUGUGAUUACUGCAUGUGGCAGUUCAUUGUUAAAGUUCUUAGCUGCUUAAAGUACAGCAGCCUUAAGACAUUUCUGAAUGUUCAAUAUGAUCUUUUUUUUUCUAGACAAAUAUGUUUGUUCCUUUUGAGCUUUUGUUGAAGGGACUAAUAAAUGUUUCUGUCCUGUGCUCUA